UCAAGUAUGCUCCUACUAGCCCUGGUAAUUUUUUUACCAUUCUUAAAUCACCACUGAUGGGGAAUCCUGUGGAUUACCUCAAAACUAAAACAGUUUGACUGCUUGAAUAUCCUUACAGGUGGAGACUGUUACAGGGGUGUCCCUAACAGGUCAACGUAAGCAUGAAAACAUAUUUAUCUUCAGAGUAUUGGGGGGAAAGUUAUGUAACAAGUAUAACACACCAUUGCAGUAGGAAGAAAAUCGUGUUAUGGCACCAUCGGGAAGAAAGCAUGGAGGAAAAGCUGGUAAACCAGCGCAGGAAGAUAAAGCCAUACCUGCCUAUGACUUUCAGGAGGAGAGAAAAGAGCUGAGUGGAUCAGAGGAAGAUAUUAGAGAAGGCGAAACACCAGUAAUGGACAAGCAUGGAAAGAAAAGACCUUUGGUGACUACUCAUGUGGUUCCAGAUGAUGUGGGGGGUGAAGUACAGAAUAUGCUGGAAAGAUUUGGAGCUGACAUUAACAAGGCUCUCUUAGCUAAGAGGAAAAGAUUAGAAAUGUAUACGAAAGCCUCACUCAAAACCAGUAACCAGAAGAUUGAACAUGUUUGGAAAACACAGCAGGAGCAAAGGCAGAAGCUCAAUCAUGAGUUCUCCCAGCAGUUCCUGACUUUAUUUCAGCAAUGGGAUGUAGAUGUGCAGAAAGCAGAGGAGCAGGAAGAAAAACUAGCGAAUAUGUUUCGUCAGCAACAAAAAGUUUUUCAACAGGCAAGAAUUGUUCAAAGUCAGAGACUGAAAACCAUUAAGCAACUCUAUGAGCAAUUCUUAAAGAGCAUGGAAGAGCUGGAGAAGAGCAAUGAAAAUCUUCUAGCUGGUGCACAAAGUGAACUUCGCAAAGAAAUGGCUAUGUUGCAGAAGAAGAUUAUGAUGGACACCCAACAGCAGGAGAUGGCAACUGUUCGCAAGUCUCUUCAGUCCAUGUUAUUCUGA